AUGAUUCAACCCGCUUUCGUUGGCAGCUCAUUGGUGCAGGCACCUAGCCGACCUGCCCAAAGCCCUUUGACAUCAAGGCCACUAGCGGCCGGCAGCCAGAGAGUCUCCACAUGGUGGCAGGCAGCCAGUGGGGCCUUGUGCUCCAUCGCACUUGCCGCGUUUGGCAGACGUUCUCGGGCUAGGGGCCGCAUUCAGAUGAAGGCUAAGAUGUCAAAGUUCGAAGACGAAGACGGGCCUGACCAUUUCUUCAGACGGCAACAGCCAAAGGUCAGACCCGGUUGGAACAGGUACACAUCACCCAGCCCGGUGAGGAUGAGCAAUUCUGUCACAUUCUUUUUUCCCAACAAGGACUACAGAGACACUGAGAAUCAGGGUUUCGUCAACCCGAAGCUGUACAAAAGGAUCAUGCCAGACAAAAAGAUGAUCGCACGUGCACGGCGAACGAAGAAGAGAGCCUGGCGAAAGCUGUCAAAUCGUUUGCAGAACGAGUGGCGCUUCCGAAGAUAUCCUCGCAAUGAAUCCGGGAAGGUCACAGCCGGAGUUUUCAACUCCAGAAGGAGACCAACCUAUGUGGAUCUCAAGAAGUGCACGGCGGAAAGGAUGCUUUCCUGGAUUCAUGUCAGUAGCGAAGAGUUCACAGAGCGUUCACAGGGAACGGCAGUGUUUGAGUCCGAUGAUCUUCAGUGCCAGGGCAUCCCUGUGGAGAAGGGUGUGCACCUUGCACCAGACCUCGAAAAAGGAGGUAGCCCUACCCGCUCCGAGCUUCCGCCGUUGGAGGCCAUCGACGAUAGACCAGAGAUCGAGUUCCAGCCCCUGGACAUUUUAGGUUUCUACAAGACAGCAGACGAGUGGAAGGCUUCUGAUGGGGUGGCAAAGCGCCAGUUGGAGCGGAAGGAGCCCCCGGAUCACGUGCGUUUGGAAGAUGUCGCGGGGCAGAUGAACUUCCUGAUGAUGGACAAGGCAGCCAGGGGAAGCAGCUGCGUUGCUGGAAGCUGCACAGGAAAGGGCCAGGAAGUGCUGCGAAAGUUUCAGGAAUGCCCUCAGGAUCUGUGGCUUAGUGCUGAAGAACUGAUUGACCGCUUCGUCAAUGGAAUUCACCGACCUGCGCCACUGACCAUCAACUUCGAUGCCGACAGGUGGGUGAAAGUGGCGGAGGAAAACCCUGGAGCUGCCCAAAGCUUCACUACGAACGUUCAAAAUCUGUGGCAGGUGGCCAUGUUGCCUCAUCCCCCACUGGAAGAAAGUCGAACCAAGAGAGACCAGCAAGUCUACAGCUAUGCCAAUGAGCGGUACGACACUGAAAAAUGGUUUUUCGGCUUCACUCGGGCACCUGAAGAACUGAGCAGUGCAAUGGAACGACCCGUGAGUGCAGCACCUGGAGUGUUUGGGGGGGCAAAAAAUGGAAAUGCGUUGCAAUCGGUCUAUGGUUACUCCGCCCUAUUCCUUGCUCCUCAUGUUUGGAAUCGUUCCACCAUCAUUGGGAAGGACCUGAAGGUCGCGUUUUCCGAUCUCGGCCAACCCAAGGACUACGACGCAACCUUUCCAAAAUUGACGCCGUGGAAGCAUCGGCCAGAGCCAAAGGUGACAGAUCCUAUUUUGCAAAUUCCACAUUUGGAAGCUGCAGGUGGUCUACGAUAUCUGGGUACCUUCGACAAUCCAGUAGCUGCCCUCAAGACGGUUUCAUGCUACGAGUUUGCAAGAUGGGCAGAACUGCUUGAAGGCAAAGAAAGCACGACAGGCUUCGACUAUUUAGAGGUGAGCAUCUUCGGUGGAGUUACCUUUGCUCAUUGA